AAUGGUGCCUCAGCCCUGCCCUAAUGGGACAUACACUCAUUCAGACCAGUGGGGGUUACAGGAUGAAGGAGAGUGUUUGCCCUGCCCUCCAGGGAACUUCUGCAGAGCUGGUAAGAUCCAGGGUGUUUGUGCUGCAGGGUAUCUUUGCAUUUCUGGAAGUGCAGAUUUCACCCCUCUAGGAUCAACAUCUAACUUGACUUUCUGCCAGUGGGGUGAGCCGUGUGCCGGGCCAUGUCCACCAGGUUUUUAUUGUCCUGAAGGCACAGAGCGAGCUCAGAUGUGUCCUGCAAAUACAGUAAGGAGCUCUCCAGGGGGUGUGAGCCUGCAGGACUGCUCACCCUGCCCACCUCAGUACUGGUGCAAACCUGGAGACCCAGUUACUCACAUGUGCCCUGCUGGUCAUUACUGUGAUGGUCUCCCUGGCAGUGACUUUGAUGGAGGAACCGGACCCAGACCAUGCCCUCUGUACACUUACCGGGCCUCUCUGGGAGCAGGCAGUAAGGGUGAAUGCCUGCCCUGCCCACCUGGUUCAUACUGUAACAGCACAGGGCUUACAGACUACACCAGCAGCCCCUGUCCUCCAGGCUUCUGGUGCAGUGGUGCUGGACCCCCAAUCCUGUGUCCAGCAGGAACCAAAAGACAGCAUCCUGGAGCUGCUGCACCCAACCAGUGUGAACCUUGUGCAGGGGGAACUUUCUGCCCAGAUCCUCGGAUUACAGGAAAACCCAAUGUCUACGGGAUUCCCUGCAGGGCCUCCUUCCACUGUCCUGUUGGUGCCGUUUCAGAGAAGUUGUGCACAGCCGGUUCAUUCUGUGGACUUCAGACUGCUGAGCCUCAAAUCUGCCCAGAAGGUUACAUUUGUCCUGAGGGAUCCUUUUCCUUCAACAACCCAAAACAACUAUGCCCGUUUCCUUACCACUGCCCUGCCAACAGCUCAACCAUGAGGUCCUGUGAAGGGGGGUCCAUGCCUGUGCACACGAGUGGGCUCAGAGGAUCAAAAACCAGCUCCUGCAGUUUGUGUGAAGGAGGGACAUAUCGUCCUUAUCGGUCUCCCAUUCUGCAUUGCCUUCCAUGUCCGUCAGGAUACUACUGCCCACCAGGCACAGAAGACUUCAAGACUACCCCUUGCCCUGCUGGAUAUAUCUGUAGGAUGGGAUCCACUCAGCCGAUGUCUUGCCCACUAGGAACCUUUGGCAACCUCACUCGAUCUGAGCAAAUGGGCGACUGCCACCCCUGUCCUGCUAACACCUUCAACCACCUACCUGCCCAGAAGGCUUGUUUUCCCUGUGGCAGCUCUUCCACUUCACCAGCUGGUUCUUCCUCGUGCACCUGUAUUGGUAAGAACCGAGCUUUCCAGCCCUCUGAUGGAUCAUGUCUGUGCAGAACUGGUUUUAUCUUUUACAAUGAACUGGAUUUGAAAAGUUCAACAUCAGAUAGUCAACUAGACUGCCAGCCUGAGGUGAACAGAAGGUGUGUAGUAGGAGAAGUGCGUCUAGCAGCAUCCAGAGAGUGUGUGUCUCCAAGCCUCCACUCCUGUGACAUCACCUGUGGACCACAUGGGGGAAUUCUGAAUGUGGAGAUGGGCAUCUGCCACUGUGAGCAGUACGUGUCUGCAGAGGAGAUUUGUAAUACUUCCUGCCUCUCCAGACUGCCUCAGCUCUCUGCCCAGCUCACAUCAGAUGGAGACUUGAACCUCAGCUUCAGAGAAAAAGACAACACAGUCUGGGCAAGGACACUAAGAAAUGUUUUAGGACCAGAUAUACACAAACGUAUUUCUGGAAAAAUCCAUUUGGCCCAGUUUGACUCUGAAGGAGUGUUUGGUUGGAUUCCAACGCAGAAGGACCUUGUUAGUCGUUUUCUUUCAGAACCAAUUGAAAUCCCAACUACUAGAUCUAGACAUAAAAGAGAGGCCGAAGGUGAUGAUGGUGCACGGAACAUCCUGCCAAGAAUCCCAAAUCCCAUUGCCUGCCUUGCCUCUGGUGACAUGCUUGUUUUUCUUCUAACCAUCAAUCACACUGACCGUCGGUUCAGUCACUUCCCGGUGUACCAGAAAGACCACCUGUUCAAUAGCAAUCCUGGCUGGGAUUUUGGUGCUUUCAGACAUCUGAAGAUACUCAUGAAGCAGACAAAUUUCAACUCUUCGAGGUUUGCUCACGUCUUUUCAGAAACAGGAAAGUAUGUUUUUGUGGACAGUGUUGUCCCCCAGUGGAGUUUGGUUGUGGUGGUCAGUGAGGAGGGAACAGAUUGCAAUCCAAGGGCUGCUGCAUUUCAGCCCAUGACUCCAGCCAACCUGGUUAAAAAUGGGAUUGUAAAACAUCACAAACUCAACCUUCUACCUGACUGGGGGAUGAUCGUUGGUAUUUUGUGCCUGCUGUUGAUUGUGGUUCUGGUCCUGACCACAACCGUAAUGGUUUUGCGGCCCAGCAAAGCAAAGUUUGUCCCUCAGUGGAGGAUAAAACCAAAGUGGCGAAGCCUCGGGGAACCCUUUUGCCCAGCGGAGUGUGUGUGCAGCAGAGAAAGUGUCAUUGCCCAAAAUCAAGCUGGGUCUCUGGAGAGUAGAGGUGUGGGGGAAGGCGCAGAAGCUGAGGAGCCUGCACUUGCAAAGGGAGGAAGUGUGUCAGGCUGCUGUGAUCUGGAGGAGUUUAAUGUAAAGACACUGUAUGACAAACUGGAGGAUCAGAACCUCCAUAUCGCCUCCCAGCUGGCUCGACAUCGCAAAGACAUGCAGGAGUUUUAUAGAAAUAUAUGCCAACACACAGAAGCACUGAAGAAUCUCUUUGAGAAUAUGGAUUACAAAAAACUGAGUCUUCUUAAAGAAGUUUUAGCCCAUAAUGUUGUGAAGACUAAAUCUUCUCUGGACAUAACGGGGGAGGGAGAUGCACAAGCGGAGGCCUCUACAUCCUUACUGGGAGCUGUUCUUAGAUCGGUGGAAGCUCUCUUAUGCAAGUUGACGAGAGAAUCUUGUUACAACCAGGAUUUUCGCAGUCCCCCAUACUGUCACCAUACUGGUCAUCAUGAUUCCAGUGAUACCAACUUGUGCUUUGCACAGUGUUCAUCACUGACCAUGAACAAAGCAGAAGCUAUUUCCAGUGAGACAGCUUGUUUCAGUGAUUAUGACCUGUCCAAGCUGGUCAUCGUGUCCCCUCUAUUCAAGACCCUGCAGGAAAUUCAGCAGGCUUUACAAAACCUCACCAAAGAUGAGCUGCAGCAGCAUCUCCACAGCGCACAUGUGGAACAUUCAACUCAGGAGAACCACAACGGACAAGUCAUUCCAGCAGCGCUAGACACACUUUCACCACACCACUCAGCCGUUUUCCUAUUUGGUUCUCAGGUGAUGCAGCUGCUAGCAGACUGCCCAAGGUUCCCCUCUGUGCUUCUUUUACUUGCCAAGUCCUUCCCAUUUUCAUCUGACCCUGUUGAGAGUCUGCUGGCACAUUGCUCUGGGGAUUUUUAUUUCGAUGCAACAAAUCAAAUCCUUUAUCUGUCAGAGGCAAAGCUUCAGCACGUCGGACAUUUCAUUGCCAUCAUCUUGCAGUCAAUGGCUUACAUAACAGCAGGAUCCAAACCCCAGGGGUUUAUGUCAGCUCUUCAUGAGGCUAUUUCAACUCUAAGCCUUCAGCUGUUCAAUCUUUCUUUCAAAUGGAGCACAGCAGAGUCAAAUUUCGAUGCAUUAGAGGGAUGGGACGGUGCUUUAGCGGAGCAGUUUCUCAACAUUAGAGUUCCCUCUGAAGCACGCUUCGCUGAGCAACUACUAGCCAGAAGACUUCAGAAAUAUAAAUAUUUCAAGUUGGAGGAUCUAAUCUCCAACCUCAAACAGAGUUCUACUUCAGACCUAAAUGCAGCCCCUCAGAGUCAAACACAAGAUCCAGUAGGCCUAAUAAGCACCAGGCAGAAGCCCACAGUUCCAGAGCGGGCAUGUACAGUGUCAGAAGAAGAGCCAGGAGCCAGCAGUGAGGGUAUUGCUCCUGUUGGGAUAGAAGGUGAGCCAACUCAUGCGCAAACAUCAGUUUCAUUAUAAUAAUUUUAAUGUCCAAAUAAUAGUAGUGACCUGUUGUAUUUUUAAUAGUAAAUGCACAAAGCCCACAACAGAUCGCUAUUAGAAUGAAAGUAAAAUGAAAUAAGCCUGCAUAUUUUGCCAUAGAAAAUAUUUUAAUUGGUUACAAAAAUGUGUUUUCCAUAUCAAAUGUGCUAAAGCUUUACAGAUGAUUAUUUUAAUUGUGUGCAGGUGAGUCUAGGGAAACUGGAAAAAGUGUGAAAGGGAGUGCUGAGUCAUUUCAUUUUAAAGGUUUGAAAAUCUCAGAACAGCUGUUUGAACAGAAGGUAGAUUGUUAUAUUGUUAGAGAAUGUGUUGUAAAGAACAAUGUUGGAGAUGUGCACUGAUGUUCAAAUAAACCUACAUUGUAAAGCAA